AUGCCGGUCUCAGAGUCUGUUUUCCUGCAUGUUGUUCCACAGCCAGCAUCAUCUGCAGAUCCCUCUGCUUUUCUUCCAGGGGCUCUCCAACCCCCCGAACUCUCGGUACAGCCAAAUUAUCCCGAAUACUUUGAAGGCGAGAGGGUUGUGCUCAUAUGCUCAGCUUUCCCAAACGGGACGGUGGAGGGAUACAGGUUCUUCGAUCAGGACGGGCAACAGAUUGUCAAAAUGGCUGCCGACCCUUAUCAAAAGGGCAAACUGGUUUUGAGGGCUGAAUCGAGCAAGAUGGGAAAUUACAGCUGUGAUUACUGGACGGGGAAAGCUGAUACCGAGGUCACAUCUGCACAAAGCCACUCCGUCUCCCUACAAGUGAAGGAAGCCCCGGAAGCCCCCACCCUCUCUUUGAACCCCAACCUCAUCGAGUACAACCUGGGAGAUUCGGUCAGCCUUGUGUGCUCAGCUCCACCUGAAACGAAGAAACUCAAGGAGUUCCAGUUUUAUGGCGACAGAAUUAGCAUCUCAGCUGUGGCUUCAUACGGCAACAUCUACAUGUACAACAUAAGCAUCAUGGAACUCAAGGAUGUGGGACUCUUCAGGUGUGGCUACAUAGUGCAUCUUUCUGGACGGAAAGUUAUUUCGAAGAAGAGUAACCCUGUCACUGUUGUUGGACUAGGUGCCAGAUGGGAACGGAUGUUGGCUAUUGGCGGGUCCUUCUUCACCAUCAACAGCUUCAUCUUCCUCAUCUCCCGCUGGUGCUUUUAAAA